CCUCAGUUCAACCACCAUACCAUCCAGAUGACGACCCCUUCAUCUCCGGACGCGCAGGCGUCUCACCCACGGACGUCCUCUCCUACCAAGACAGACCCAACUCCUACCUCCGCCGAGGCCACCACAGCUGAAGCCCCAGCUCCAGUCCCAGCGACAACUACUGCACCUCCACCCCCAGGACCCUCCCCAGCUACGACGUCCAUCGCCGCAGAACCAGAGCCUCUCCCGUCUCUUCCAGAGCAGACUGCCCCUCCGCUGGCAGCAGCGGACCACCAAGCUAACCAGCUUCCGAACCCGACAACUACCACCACCGCCACGGAGACGACGUCGAGUACUUCCCCUCCUCUGCCGCAACCGGGUCCGACUGCCGUUCCUCCUACGUCUACGCCCACGCAGCAGGAGCAGGAGAAGACACCACACGCUCACCCCCCGGCUCCAGUACCAGCUCCGGCCCCAGCGCCAGCAGCCCCAAUCCCAGCCGCAGCACCUACAACCCACAGCAGCUACAGUCCCAGCUACGGCAACUACAGCUCCCCCGCUCAAAAUCUCAACCCCACUCCCAACCCCAACUACGGCUAUAGCUACGGCUACAGCUACGGCACCGGCACCGGCACCGACACCACCCAAAGACACCCCUACGGUUCGCACCAACCAAUAGCGCCCAUAAAGACCGUGACUCCGCAAGGGUGGAUUCCCCCUACCUCCGCUACAGACAGUUACAAUACAUCAUACGGCAGGGAAGUGGACCAGUACCCGCAGGAAGAAGAAGGUAUUCUCGGCACCGCGAUGAGCUGGGCUCGUAGUGCGGGUGAAAAAUUGGCGGAUGUCGAGGCUGCUGUUUGGAAGAGGAUAAAUGAUGCCCAUGGGGAUGGUGGGCCGGGGGAUUCAUCGAAGGAGUCUUGAUAUUCUAUUUAUCCGGGCUUUUCUUUCUUUCUUUUAGUUGAUGCAUGGGAAGUAUGUACUAUGUGGCUUUGGUAUCUUUAUUUGUUGGGCUCUGUUUGCAGUUUGGGUUGGUUUGGUUAGUUAGGUAGGGUCUACUAAAAACUUGGGUGUCUAGGUAAAUUGGGUCUGGCUGGUUGGUUAAAUGGUUACAUGGAUGGGUGGUUUUCAGGUUGUUCAGGCGUUUUCGAUUGUGUCUUAUUAUAGUCCUUCAUGGUUGCAUGGCUCUAAACAACGCCUUUUAGUUUUCUUA